AUGAGUGAAACGAAGUUGGUCUACAAUAGUUUUGUUAGGAAACUUUUCUAUGAGAAACAUAAACUUGAGCAAAUUAUCCCAUUUCCUAUCUUUCAACUAAUAGAAGCAUUGCUUUUUAAACGUUUUCCUAAGACAUUAGGAAAAUCAUUUCUAUCACUGCAUCUCAUGAAAGAAUAUAAUGAACAUGAAAGAAUCCGGGAACUAUCCUUACUGCUUUUAAUGGCUAAAAAUCGAGCUGCAACCUUUGAAAAGCAAGCUGCAACCUAUAAAAGGCAACUGGAUAUGAUUUGUCAGCACACUUCUCGAAAGCUGUUUGAUGAAGUUAACAUUGCUUCAGCUGCACAUUUUGAUGGAAGUGGAUUUAGCACAAAUGUCCACUGUGUGUUGGAAUCACUCCAAGGAGUUAAUGUGGAACCUGGAAUCUCUCCAAAGAACCAAUUAACCACGGGAAAGGGGCUUGGAAUCUCUCCAAGGCACCCUUUCUUGGAAUCUCUCCAAGGAAUUACAAGAAUUCUGGGGAGUCUCCUUUUCUUCAGCAAUUAUACCAGGAAUAUUUGCAUCAAGGAGGCUCAAAUUACAACUGAUGAGAUUGACUGCCUAUGCUACACCAAAGGCCCUGGCAUGGGUGCACCACUUCAGGUCUCAGCUGUGGAGCGCAUGCUAUCGCAGCUUUGGAGGAAACCGAUUGUUGCUGUUAAUCGCUGUGUAGCACAUAUUGAAAUGGGUAGGAUAGUGACUGGGGCUGAAGACCCAGUUGUCUUGUAUGUGAGUGGGGGGAACACUCAGGUUAUUGCAUACAGUGAGGGCCGCUAUCGAAUAUUUGGGGAUACAAUUGAUACUGCUGUUGGGAAUUGCUUGGACAGGUUUGCUAGGGUUCUGACUUUGUCUAAUGAUCCCAGCCCAGGCUACAACAUUGAGCAGCUUGCAAAAAAGGGCUCACAAUUUAUAGACCUUCCGUAUGUUGUAAAACGAAUGGAUGUUUCUUUCAGUGGAAUAUUAAGUUAUAUUGAAGCCACUGCUGAAGAGAAGCUUAAAGCUAAUGAAUGCACACCUGCAGAUUUGUGCUACUCCCUACAGGAAACAUUGUUUGCAAUGCUUGUGGAGAUCACGGAGCGGGCCAUGGCACAUUGUGACAAGAAGGAUGUGUUAAUUGUUGGUGGAGUGGGAUGCAAUGAGCGGUUGCAAGAGAUGAUGCGAAUUAUGUGCUCUGAAAGGGGUGGGGCAUUAUAUGCAACUGAUGACCGUUACUGUAUUGACAAUGGGGCAAUGAUUGCUUAUACAGGGCUACUUGCUCAUGCUUAUGGCAUGUCAAUUCUGCUUGAGGAAUCGACAUUCACCCAGCGGUUCAGAACGGAUGAAGUGUUAGCAGUUUGGAGAGGGGGGAAUCAUCUGAGGCAAAUGGUCUCACAAUAGAAAGUAACUAAUAUGUAACUUAUAGUAGCUUACAAGAUUGUCUUCUAGAAAAUCAAAGCUUGGAAGCAUGUAGCUAUGAUCUUGUAGAUCUAAUGUCCAUCUUAAGCGAAGUCAAGCAGUCUGUAUAUUUGGAGAUCCAAAAUAGUUUUUCCAGUACGUCUCAAUGAAGGUGCUGUAUGUUAAAAUUCAUCAUGGAUUUAAGUGAAUGUUAACUGUUAUUGAAACAUACUUGUCAUGUCGACGAGAUCUGGAGAUUGUUCGGCAACUGACAUUUAUGAACUUGCCACGGUGAUGAUUCGAAAAGUUGAAGCAACUAGUUUUGAAGUAUUGUGGAUUCUUUCAUGGUUGAUAUUAGCAUUCUUUAGAAAUGCAAGUCCAAUGGCUCCAACUUUAUAUUAUGUACCAAGACGGUUAACGCAUGAUAAUCAAAAUAUCAUUUUGUGCAAUGCCCUUGUUGAAAGUUGAAUUUGGGCAACUGAAAUUUCCAAUAAAGACGUAGUAUUUUGCUUCA